AUGAAAAAGGCGGGCAAAGCUGUGGCGGCUGCCGCGGACACGGGCUCGCCCACGCUCUCGCUCGCAGGCCUCAAGCUCUCCAAGCUGCCAGACCUCACCCCGUUAGCGUCGUCGCUGACGGCGCUCUCGCUCGAGCACAACGGGCUCAAGUCGGUCGACGAUACCGCUAUCCCCGCCCUUACUGCCCUCACAGCCCUCAAUCUGGCGGACAACAAGCUGGCCGACCUGCCCGACGCCCUCGCCCACUGCGCCGGACUCACCCAGCUCACCCUCUCCAACAAUAAGCUUGUCCUCUUGCCUGCCGCGCUCUGGUCGCUCUCGUCGCUCACAGGCCUCUUUGCCUCGGACAACGCCAUCAAGCGCAUCCCCUCCGAUGUGGCCCGCCUCACUACUCUCGUUCGCAUCGACCUCGACAACAACCGCCUCGUCUCGCUCCCCGGCGAGCUGCUCACCCUCCCGGCGCUCGCAGACCUCGCUGCCAACGCCAAUCGCAUCGGCCCAGCUCUUCUCGACUCGGAGAAACCACUCGUCGAGCUUGCUGCCGCCGCCAACUCGGCCAGAGCGUCAUCCAGCGCGACGACAUCGCGCGAGUCCGCAAGGCCGUCGACUCCGCGGCUCCGGCUUCCGUCGCGCUCGGGGGAAGCGCUCGCGUCGCUUGUUCGCGGCGGCUCCUCAGCCUCAUUGCACGAGCUGGCCACUGAUGGUGGCCGCGCCCUCUCGACUGACAGCCUCAACGCGCUGGCAGUGCCGCGCUCGCCGCGCGUGGCGUCUCCACACUCUGCGCUCCGCAUCCUCCGCCUCGCCCACAACAAGCUCACUGCCCUCCCCGGCUGUAUUGGCACCCUUGCCGCGCUGGAGGUGCUCGACGCGAGCGAGAACAAGCUCGCCACCAUCCCACACUCGAUCCGAAGCUGCACCGCGCUUGUCGAGCUCCGCCUCGCCCACAACGUGCUCGAGUCGCUUCCCUCGGCGCUGGGCUCCUGCACCGCCCUCCGCACCCUCGACCUUGCUCACAACAAGCUCUCCGAGCUGCCGGCAGCGCUGGCAGCACUGGCGGCGCUCGAGAGCCUCGACAUGUCGGCCAACCCGCUCGCCAAGUCGUUUGUCAAGGGCAUCGAGGCCGCA